ACAUGUUGUAACAGAAAGAAUAGUAUCCAUCGUGGUGACUGGUACUUCCCCAAUGGAAACCGACUGGCAUUUCAUGGAGCUAACGAUAUUCACCAGCAUCGUGACUCUAACAGAGUUGACCUAUGUCGUACAAGUUCCACCUCACCAUCUGGCAUGUAUCGUUGUGACAUUGCUACUGUUGAUGAUAACAAAGCUACUCAAUUGACUCGAAGCAGUGUGUAUGUUGGAUUGUAUGCAAAUGGAGGUGAUGUGUCCAUAUUUGGUGGUAUUACACUGACUGUGGACGCUGUUGGUUCCAUUCCUCAGUUUACCCUCACCUCUAUCUCCACUGGUGGACCUGCUACCACCAUCACUUGGACCAGAGACUCCACCACUGUCACCCACGGAAAUGAGACAGUUUUAGUCAAUGCAACCACGGCAGAGUACAUCCAUACACUGAAUGUGACUGGGAGAAUGGAAGGAAGGUACACAUGUACUGUGGCUAACAACAAACCAUCA